CAACAAAUGGCCCCCCUCCUCUUCAUCACCCCCAUACUUCCUUCCACUUCCAAAACCACUUUUAUAACCCUUCAUAAACACAAUACUUUAACGUCCACCACCAACUCAUAUAACCCUCUUUUCUUGCAAGAAAAAAACUAUCUUUUUUCGUUCAUUUGUUCUUAAACCCUCUCUUGGGUCUUGAUCCAUCAUUCUUUGCAAAUAAACUUUCUUUUUUUGGUGGGUGUUCUAUUGUUUCUGGUUGUGUUAUACGAACAUGAUAGCAUCGGAGAAAAGGGUUUCUUUGUUUGGAAACAAUGUUGAUCGCAUAGAUGCAUCAUUUUCAUCUUACAUGAACGAAAACCCUACGGUGCUCAAGCUUACUCUCCCAAGUAAUCAGAAAAAGAAAGUAGAAGAUGGAGAAAUCGGGAUUUUUGGGGCCGAAAAAUACUUCAAAGGAGCCAUGGAUGAACAACUUCCAAGAACUCCUCACUCCAUCAACCCUCCAAACCAUCAUCCAAAGAGCAAAAUAGUAAAAGACGACGAAGAACCAACUAAACCAAAAACCGGAUCCACAACUCCAAGUGUUCGGUCCGAAUCCAGCUGGAAUAGCCGAACCGGUCUUUUGGUUAACAAUGGUAACCGAAGGAUCCCCAAGUCUCAAAAGGAGAAACCCACCCGUGUAAAGAGCUUACUAAUCUCCCUUGGUUGCAACUGCAACGACAAGGGGUCAGUUAAAAUCGCUGAAAAGAAAGUUCUUGUCAAAGAACUUUCGAAACCGCCAGCAAAAUUCACUGGCGGUUUCACGGACGACAAGACGAACACGAAGAAAGAAGAUUCCUUCGUGUUCCCUGUCUUGAACGCUUUCCCACCCGCCAAAACCAGUACCCCACCGGAAGUCGAAGAAGGCGACAUCACUCAUGUGAAAACAAGAAGAAACUCAUCGGAAGCAUUCGGUUCACCGGUUUUGGAAAAGGGGAAGAAAUCAUUUAGCUUGGAGAGGAAGUUAACCAUGUUGAAUUGGGAUGGAGUUACACCGAGAGCCGAAAACAUCGGGGAAAACAACGAUGCGGGAAGUGACGCGAGCUCGGAUUUAUUCGAAAUCGAAAGCUUUUCAACUAAUGGGAAUAACUCGUUUCUUGCACGACAAGUUUCAAAUGGGAGGUCAAGCAGUGCAACACUUCCAAACGGGUACGCCCCGAGUGAGGCCAGCAUUGCAUGGAGUGUUGUCACCGCCAGUGUGACGGGAUUCUCGAUUAUAUCGGAUUACGAGGACACCACACGGACUAAUUCAAAGACUCAUAUGGAACGAGUGAUUAAAGGAACCGGGAUUCUUUCCGGUUGUACAAAUCAUAAAUCCGUUAGAGUCGCUGGAGAACGCAUGGUGGUUAGUGGCGGCGACAAGGCGGCGGUUACAGGCGGCACAAAGGGCCGGUUGGAUUCUGUCGGGACGAUUAUGAAAUUUCAAACGGAGAGCAAGCCGACGCGUGCUUCACACCACAUGUACAUUCAACAGCAAUAGGGAUCGAGUAGUACAUUACAUUUGUGUUGUUUAAAAGUUACAUAUCAGUGUUUAAAGAUUUUCUUGUCUAAAGUAUUUAUUUUUUUAAUGAAUGAAGAUGAGUUUCGUUUUA